CCCAGCAGUCUUAGCCCAACAGUGCCGUAAACGACACGCCCAGUCGCAAAGCUGAACGGUGACGUUUGCAAAUCUGAUGUUUGUGCUUUGUGGCUGUUUGCUGGAAACGCCACAUCUCAAACAACAAAACACAAGGUUUAUUCAGAAGAAAUGUCGACGUUAAGAUAUUAAAAAGAAAAUCCGGGACGCUUGACGCGGAUUCACGCUUACUGGCUUCAAACCUGCUACCUGGAGGCCUGUUGUGAGAGGAAAUCCCCGGACUGAACUGCGACUCCAGGCCGGUCUGAGAGGACAUGCCACCGGAGAGAAAGCUGUUCAUAGCUCGCCUUUCUUCGCGUGUUUUACCCCUAAAACAAACGGCUUGCCAUUUCCGAAGCGUUUACAACUGAGGACUCGAAUCCUUCAGGAUGAACCGUUACCUGCCAGUGGCACGGCAGCACUUUUUUAGUGCACUCGCAAGCACGAGCGUGGUGGUCAAGUCCAUAUGUGCCACAGUGAUCCUGAUGUACCUGCUCUCCUGGGCAGCUAACACCCCUUACCUGCUUGGCGUCACACCUGGCUUCCUUUUUCCACCAAACUUCUGGAUUUGGACGCUUCUGACCCAUGCAGUGGUGGAGCAACACAUUCUCGGCGUGGCGGUGAACAUUGCUACUGUGAUGGUUGCUGGACGGCUUUUGGAGCCAUUAUGGGGAGCGCUGGAGCUGCUGAUCUUCUUUGCUGUGGUAAACGUAGCAGCCGGUCUCCUAUCUGGACUCUCUUAUCUUCUCACCUACGCUGCCACCUUUGACCUGGACUACCUGUUUGCUGUGCGGGUGUAUGGUGCACCCACUUUUCUGGGGGGCAUUCUUGUAGCACUGAAGCAGACUGCGGGAGACACAACAGUGCUUCGAGUUCCUCAAGUACGUUUGAAAGCCGCCCCGGCGCUAGCUUUACUAGCAAUAGCCGUCCUGCGGCUAGCAGGACUGCUGGACACUUCAGCUCCACUAGCAGCAUGCGGGUACGGCGCUCUGUCCGGGUGGGUUUACCUGCGCUUCUACCAGAGGCACUCUAGGGGGCGUGGAGACAUGUCAGACCACUUUGCCUUCGCCUCCUUCUUCCCAGAGGCACUCCAGCCGGCUGUUGGCUUUGCAGCUGGGCUUGUGCACGCUGCCCUUGUGAAGAUAAAAGUUUGUCGUAAGAUGGUGAAGCGAUAUGAUGUUGGGGCUCCAUCCUCCAUCACCAUCAGCCUACCAGGCACAGACCCACAAGAUGCAGAAAGG